GUCUGUGCUCUUGUAUAUAAACAACGUUUUAACAUUAUUUUUGAUUUUUACAGGGGCUCACAGCUAAGAGUUUGACUUAAGUUUUUAAGGGAGACUUUGUAUUUGGACUUUUCAGCAGUGCUGAGACUGUUAGGUCUUUGGCAAAUCUUAGAGACUAAAUUCACUUUGCAUAAAGGGAUAUGGAUGAAUCUUUAGGGGUCAGGGCAGGAUGUUACAGUUUAUAUCUGCAUAUCCCCUAAUAUCCUCAUGUACUCAUAGAUGGGGCUUUUGGAAAAUGAUUGGACUGAGCCAGGGAUAUAGCUCAGCAGUGUAAGCACCUGCCUCACAAGCACAAGGUCCUGAAUUUGAUUCCUGGUACCAUAAUAAAUAAAUAAAUGAAAAUGAUUGGAUUAUGGGAUUUAUAGCUGAUUUGCCUGAGUGGUGGGAUGUGGUCAAAAGAGGUGAGUCAUUGAGGAUGUGGCCUACCAUGUAUCUGCCUCCUCAGCCCCUCCCGUAAGUUCUGCUUCCCCACUGCCUUGAUUUGUGCAGUUUUUUGUCUGCCAUUCCUCUGCCAUGCUGCUCUGCCAUGGAGCUAGCUGUCUGUGAACUGAAACCUCUACAGACUGAGAUGUUACACAAAGCAGAAGAAUUCAUAUCCCAAACCACAGACACAAGAGCGGAUGACAUGGAUACAUCAGAUACACAGUGGGGCUGGUUCUACCUUGCAGAAUGUGGGAAGUGGCACAUGUUUCAGCCGGAUGCCAGCAUUCAGUGUUCAGUCAGCAAUGAAGAUAUCGAGAAAAGCUUCAAAACAAACCCUUAUGGCUCCGUUUCUUUUACCACUUCCAAAUUCAGCUACAAGAUAGACUUCGCAGAAAUGAAGCAAACGAAUCUCACCACUGGAAAACAGCGCUUAAUAAAAAGAGCUCCCUUUUCUAUCACUGCUUUCAGUUACAUCUGUGAGAAUGAAGCUAUACCUAUGCCACCACACUGGGAAAAUGUGAACACUGAAGUACCUUACCAGCUCAUUUCUCUGCACAAUCAAACACAUGAAUAUAAUGAAGUUGCUAGUCUUUUUGGGAAAACAAUGGAUCGCAACCGAAUAAAAAGAAUUCAGAGAAUUCAAAACUUAGAUUUAUGGGAGUUUUUCUGCAGGAAAAAGGCUCAGCUCAAGAAAAAAAGAGGCAUCCCUCAAAUUAAUGAACAAAUGCUAUUUCAUGGUACCAGCAGUGAAUUUGUGGAAGCGAUUUGCAUUCAUAAUUUUGAUUGGAGAAUAAAUGGCAUACAUGGCGCUCUCUUUGGAAAAGCCUGCCCUGGGAUCGCUCCCAGCCGAAGCCUCCUCUGGUCCGCUCCCCGCGGCUCCUUCCGUGCUUCGCUCCGAAGCCUCUACCGGUCUGCUCUCCGCGGCUCCUUCCGGGCUUCGCUCCGAAGCCUCUACCGGUCCGCUCUCCGCGGCUCCUUCCGGGCUUCUACUUCCCCCCAGGGGUGGCACCAGUAUAUAUACGGAUACAGUGUCCAAUCAUAUUAAAAAAGAAGAGAAAAAUUAAACCCUAAAUAACAGAAGAAAGAAAAUAAUAAGGAUACAAGUAUAAAUCAGUAAUACAGAAGAUCAAUAAAGAAAAUUCAAUGAAACUAACAGCAGAGUCUCUAAAGAAAUUGAUAAAAUUGAUAACCUGAAAUGGUGAAAGGAAAGAAGACACAAAUUACCAAUAUCUAAAAUGAAGAAGGGGCAUCACUACAGAUUUCACAGACAUUAAAAGAAUAACCAGGAAUUCGCAGAUGACAUGAUACUCUACAUAGAAGACCCCAAAAACCCCAGAAAAAGAUUUCUAAGUUUACUAACCAAAUUCAGUAGCAUAGCUGGAUACAGAGUCAAAAAUCAAAAGCGUUCCUGUAUACAAACAACAAACUCACUGAGAGAGAAAUUAGGGAAACAACAUUCUUCACAAUAGCUUCCCCAAACUGAAAAACCUAGGAGUAAAUCCAACAAAUGACAUAAAAGACCUGUACUUUGAAAAAUAUGGUACUCUGAAAAAAAGAUGAAAAUCAGAAAAUGGGAAGAUAUUCCUUGCUCAUGGACAGGAAGAACCAAUAUUGUGAAAAUGGUCAUACUCCCAAAACUGUUACACAGAUUUAAUGCAAUCCCAAUCAAAAUACAAUUAACAUGCCUUACAGAAAACAUUCCUAAAAUUCACCUGGAAACAGAAUAAACCUAGAAUAGCAAAGGCAAGACAAGAGGCGUCCCAAUCCUUGACAUGAAAUUAUACUACAAAGCUACUGUGAUAAAAAUCAGCAGGGUCCCAGCAAAAAACAGACCUGAGGAUCAGUGGAACAAAUUAGAAGAUGAAGACAGCUACAAACACACUCAGCUGCUUUAUCUUUGACAAAGGGGCCAAACAUGCUCAGUGGAAGAAAGACAGCCUCAUUAAUAAAUGGCAAAAACUAAAACUAGACCCAUGUCUAUCAUCAUGCAUUAAAGUCAAAAUGGGUCAAAGAUCUAAAUAUUAAAACAGAAACACUGAAUCUAUUGGAAAAGAAAGUAGGUAGAAAUCUUGAAGACAUACGUGUAGGCAGAAAGUUUAUGAACAAAACUUGAACUUCAUGGGAAAUGUUUCAAAGAAUCAACAACUGGGAUCUUAUUGAAAAUCUUUUGCAUAGCAAAAGAAAUCUCCAAUAGAGUGCAAAGACAAUCCACAGAGUGGGGAAAAAUUUUAGCCAACUGUCCCUCAGACAAAGGAUCUAUAUCUAGAACAUAUGAAGAAUUGAAAAAAUUCAGAGGCUCCCCCCACAAAUUCAAAGACAACCGAAAAAUGGGCUUCAGAGAAAUACACACUUCUCAGAUGAAGAAACACAAAUGGCAUGUAAAUGCAAGAAAAAUAUUCAACAUCACUGGUCAUUUGGGAGAUGCAAAUGAAAACAACACUGAGAUUCCACCUCACUCCAGGAAAAAUGACUAUAUCAAGAAAUCAACUGAUAACAAAUGCCAGCAGGGCUAUAGAGGAAAAGGAACCUUCUCCACUGCUGGUGUGAGUGCAGCGUGGUGAAACCACUGUGGAAACCAGAAUGGAGAUACUUCAAAAAGCUAGGAUUAGAGGUCUCAUUUGAUCCAGCUAUUUUCCGGGGUAUCUUCCCAGAAGAAUUAAAAACAUCUAACCACAGCAAUAUAUGUGCACCACUGUUUAUAGCAGCAUAAUUUGUAAUAGCUAAAUCUUGGAAACAACCCAAAUGCCAUCAACCUAGGAAUGGAUAAAAAAGAUAGAUGUGGUAUUUUAUACAAUGGAGUACUACUCAGCCAUAAGGAAGCUUAAACGUGAGGCUUUUAUAGAUAAACAGAUGCAACUAGAGACCAUAUUCAUAAGUGAAGUAAAUUAGACUCGUGUGUAAACAUCGUGUUGUCUCCCUGGUGCAAGAAAUUGAAAAAGUAAAUAAGAUCUAAUAUGUAUAGUAGAUAUUGUGAAAUGGAAAAAUGUAUAGUAGAUAUUGUUGAAAAAGAAAAAGGAACCAGAAAGGAGGGAAGGGAAAGAAAAAAGCAGAAAAAUACAAGGUAUCUAUACUAUUACUGUCUCUUAGUUCAUUUGAAAAGGAAGGUUUGUGCUAAGCUAAUAUCGAUUGGAGAAAUUUUAUGCCCAUGUCUUAUACUCUAACUACUUAAGAUGACAAAAUGUAAUAUAUUAACUAUUGUUAUUUUCCUAUUAUUCUGUUAUGAAAUUCUGUUGUAUCUUUUUCAAUAAAAUAAAAAAGAACAGCCAAGUUAUCUUAAGAACAAUUCCUUUUUUUAAAAAAAUUUUUUAUUUAAAGAAAAGGAAACAAAAAAAUACAUGGAGAUAAAAAAGGGUAGAAAUAAUACAAAAUUACAGAAAAAUAAAUGGUAAGAAAUCACUGGUUGAUACGUUACAUAUUGUCAUCUUAGAAAUAGCUGUUCAGGUUACAAAAUUAAAGUAUUUAAAAUGACAUUCAAAAAGUGACACUGCAAACAGUUCUGCUCAAUAAUCGAACAAAAACUCCGUAAUAUGGUUAUCAGUCCUACACACUUGUUUUACAUCUCAAAGAGGGUAAGAUUAAACAUAUCAAAACAGAACAAAACAGUUUAAAAAACAAUUUAAAGAAAUACAGAUUUCAAAGCAAGUCCACUGGAGAUCUUGACUGUCUAUCUAACUGCCUCUAGUUUCUUACAAAUAGUUGUCCCCAUCUUCACCUACAUUAUAUAGAUAUUGCAUAUUAUAGGACUAAUCAAAUAGGGGGCUGGGGAUUUAGCUCAGCAGCAUAAGCGCCUGUCUUGCAAGCAGGCAGUCGUGAGUUCGAUCCCUGGUACCGAUAAAAACGAAAAAGACCAAAAAAAAAAAAAAAAAAGAAAUAAUCAAAUCAUUACAAGAUGAUGAAGGCUUUUUAGGUCUUCAAGAUCUAAUAUUGGGGAAGACAAUAAUACCUACUAUCGCAUCUCUCAUUCUCUUCGUGGUAGCCGUCCCCAUCUUUACAUAUACUGAAAUUGAACUUAAGAGACUAGACUAAUAUCAUUCUGAUCAGUGAAUAAUAGUAUUGCUAGAAUUUAUAUCAUAAUGCUACAAAAUUAGCAUUGGGUUUCUUAGUGUCUCUUCUUCAGAGUAUCUGUUUAUUACAUCUUGCAUUAUAUAAUCUGUUCCUGUAAAUAAUUUUUUAAGAAAAUCUCAUGUGUGAAUUUCUACAUAUAUAUCCUCUCUGUAUUAUAGGGAAAACCAAGUUGUAACAAGACAGCAAAACAAAUUCCUAGAAAAACAUGCAAUGGAUAAGACAUAUAAGACCACAAUAUAGGUGAUCUUCCGUAGUUACUAUGUUUUCUCUUGUUAUUUUCAAUAGAUUUGUCCACAUCAUUGGCUUAAUAUAGUUAAACAUAGUAUUACCUAUUUUUAUAAAAACACAACUUUGAAAGCAUUGUAGGAUUUGAGAGCUGUUAAUAAUUAAUACCAGUCUGGAUAUCCUUUACAUCUUUGUCAUCUUCAGAGUAGUUGCCUCUACUUUUAGGGUUGAUACUAACAAGCAUACCAAAUUCAAAUAAAAUCAGCCAAGGCAAACCUGUGGUCUUAUGAAUCAGAUUCAAUUAAGAUCAGUCAUAGUAAAACAAUGUAAGUAAUACAGGAUUUCAGUUUAAGUUAAUAGGAAAGUAAGGAUAGUUACCAUGGUAUAACCUGCUAUUUUGGGGUCAGAUGUCUGUGCCCUCAAAUCUGACAUGAAUGGACAGACCAGAACAAAUUAAAUUCAAACUAAAUAUGGCGAUAAGACUACUGUGUCUUUUAAAUCCUGAUACACUAUUAACAAUGACCUCUGCUGUUUUUUAUAGUGUUUCAGAGUUGUCUAUACUACCGUCUCUGCCUCAUGUCUGCUACUCCACUUUUCUGCUAUAAUUUGUCCACCUUAUUCCCUCAUUCCACUGUCUGCCCCAUUCAUUGAGGCCUCUCUGCCACUGUUGCUGGAAUCCUGGUAUCCCUUCCUCUUUCUCUGGAAUGUCCUUCAGCACUCUCUGUAGGGUUGGAUUGGUGGCCACGAACUCCCACAGUUCCUCCUUGUCUUGGAAGCAUCUUAUUUCUCCAUUAAUUUUGAGAGAGAGUUUUGACGGGUAUGUGAGUCUUGUUUGCAUAUUAUUUUCUUUCAAGCCUUGGAAUAUUUCUCCCCAUUCCCUUCUUGACUUAAGAGUUUGUGUUGAUAAGUCUGUUGUUAUUUUGAUAAUUUUCCCAUUGUAGGUGAUCUGCUUCUUUUCUCUGGCUGCUUUUAAUAUUCUAUUCUUUUGGUGGAUUUCUGGAAUCUUGAUUAUUAUAUGUCUAGGCGUAGAUCUGUUUUGGUUGCAGGUAGCUGGUGUUCUGUAUGCCUCUUUUAUCUGGAUCUCAUUUCUUUUUGCUACACAUGGGAAAUUUUGCUUUAAUAUAUCUGUGAAUAUUCUUUGUAUUUCAUUUUUGGAUGCUUCUGCUUCCUCACUCACAUUCUUUAUUCUUAAGUUAUGUAUCCUUUUGUCAUCUUCUAGCCUUUGAAUUGUUUCUUUCUGGUUCCUUGUUAUUUUUAAGAGGCUUUUUCUUUCAUGAUCAUAUGCCACAAAUCUCUCCUCAAGUUUCAGAAGGCUGUCUUUAGUUUCUGUCAGGGCAUUUUGCCAGUGUUCAAUGGAGUUUUUAGUUUUCUGGUAAUCUCUUUGGAUGUUUCAUGUAUUCUAAGUUAUGUUUAAAUUCUUCAGAAGUUUCUCUUUCUUUUCUGAUUUCCUCAGUUCUUCCAUCUGUGUUCUCUUGGGCGGGGCUUGUUAUUUCUUUAAUUAAUCUCUUUAUAUCUUGCCUCACUUGGAUCAGGAGUACAGCUUUAAAUUCAUCUAUGAGGUCAUGGAGGUAUUUUUUAAUUUCGGCUGAUGCUGUGUCCAGUAUUGGAUGGUUACUGUGCUUGUUCCCUUUGGUGUUUACUUCUCCUGGGCUUAUUUUCUCAUGUUGGGCAGCUGGAGAUUUUUUUUUUAAUUUUUAUCUCUUGUCAUGUUUCUGGUUUCUUUCAGACUGGAGUGUCCUGGGGGUCUCUGGCCCUCUCCAUAUUGCUUAUGGCCUUUCAGAAGCAUGCUGAUUUGAGUUUUUGCUGUCUUCCCCAAUUUUCUGUUAUCUGGGGUAGACAGGGAUGCAGGGAUGGUGCAGGCUAGCCUCCAGCCUCUGUGCCAGUCAAUCAUAAAUUAGCCUGUACUUUCUGGGUGUUACAGAGUUGCAACUAUUUUGUAUCUGCUUAUUGGGCCCCAAGCAGAGGCUUGGUUCAGCCCCAGCAGAUCCUGCCAGUUCUCUCUGUGCCAGAAGCAGCUGACUAAUGUCACCAUGGCUUUGCCCCAAUCCCAGCUGUUCUCUUCCAGACCUCUCUGUGCCGGGAGCACCAGGACAGUGGUCUGCCCAAUUCCAAGAUGUCUUCCACUAGUUCUCUGUAUGAUGCUGAAGCCAACAUGGUGCCAGGCUCUGCCCAACUUUAAGAUGUCCUCCACCAGACCUCUCUAUACCAGGGGCGACUCAGUGAUGUCACCUAGCUGCAGGUUUUGCCCAACUCUAAGAUGUCUUCCACCAGACUCUCUGUGUUAUUGAUGUUGCCGUGGUGGCAGGCUCUGCCCAAUUCCAAGAUGUUCUCUGGCCAAGCGCAGCGACCGCGAGACCCAGUCCCUCGGUGCAGGUCUUCCUCUUGAGUCUACUGCACACUACAGCGCUUGCCUUCACUGUGUUCCCGGCACAGCGUGGAAUGGUCAGAAAACUGCACAAUGUUCGGCUUCUGAGCUCCAGAGCUUUCACAAUCUCCUCUGGUGCAGCGGAGCAGUCCUGGCUGCUUUGCAGGGUCCCAGGUCUCAAUUUCCAGCAGUCACCAAAAGCCAACACAGCUUUUCCUGUUGGGUCCACAGGUCAGUUUGCCGCAUUAAAGGCGCAGGAUUUGCAGCCUCCUGUUAUCAGCCUUCGCAGUCUCAGCAUGACUUUAAAUCCUCCAGCUGCGCUGUCUUGGUUAAUAAGAAUCGUUAUCCAUUCAUCUGGCCCUCUCCAUGUUGUCAUAUUCUGGUAUCUAAUAUGAUUUCUCCGGAGAGACUCUCCGCCCAAUCCCCUAGCAAGCCGCCAUUUUUGAAAAAAACCCUUAAGAACAAUUUCUUCCAGUGCAUUUGAUAACUUAAGUGAAAUGAGAAAUUUCUUAAAAAAUGCAAACUAAGAAAGCACGUUUAAAACUAAAUAAACUGAAAAGUUCUACAUCUAAAUUUUUUAAUCUGUAAUUAAAACUUGUCCAGAAACUUCAUACCCAAAUGGCUUUAAUUCUGGAGUAUAUCAGAUAUUUAAGGGAGAAAUAAUUAUAGAAUCAGAGGCUACUCUGGAUGGUCCCCAGUGCUGUCUCAUCCUGAGAGUCACAGGGUUUACUGGUGCUCCAUCCAAGAAGCUGGAAGCCUCAGAACAAGAGAACUGAACAAGAGGGACUCAGGGCCUGGACUGGAAGCUCCCGGGAGAGUCACUGGUCGUCUUGGAUCCGAUGUUCCCAGUUGAUGGCAACAGCGAAAGACUUACAUGCUCAUCCGGAACUGGGCUUCGUGCUUGCAGGCUGACUACUUUCUUUCUCCCCUUUUCAUGCAAUCUAGGCACAGCCUAUUGGUGCUGCCACCCACAACCAGGGCUGGUCUUGUCUCCUCAGUCUGCUGGCCUGUGUGCCAACACUUAGUGGAUGAACGGAUGGUAUGUUCUUUCACUGAAACACUGCUCGUGAAACCUGGAUGAGUGCAGAGCUGUUAAGUACAAUAAAAGGAGAUACAAAAGACUAUAGUGUAUGAUUCUGUUUAUAGUAAAUUCUAGGAUGGCAACACUGUCGUGAUGAAGUGGUGCCCAGAGUCAUAGCUGGGAGAACAGAUCAGUGGGAAUUUUAUGUGUGGGGAUGGGAAUGCACACCUUGCUUAUCAUUGUAAUAAUAAGGUUUACAUAUUUGUCAAAACCCAUCAAAGACGUCUAUAAGAUGGAAGUUGGAAAAAUAAUGGAAUGUAUUCAACAAAAAGUUACAGACUACUGAGAAGUAUACACACAAGCUGAAUGAAAGAAAGCAAAUACCUAAGAAUGUGAACUAUGUUAGGCUGUGAAUUUGAACUUCUAAAACAGGUAGAAAAUCAGCUAUGGUGAGAAAAGCCAAAGAUGUGUUGUACCUGAAGCAGGGCUGUGGUGCUACAGGUGUGCAUCACCAUGCCAGGGGAAGAGGCCCUGGGUCACUUUCUGGGUGGUGGGAUAUUCGGGGUCUUGAUUGGGGUGUGAAUGAUACAAGUAUACGCAUUUGCCACAAUUCGGUGAAUUGUACACUUGAGCUCUGCAAAUUUCAUUGCUUGUAAAUUUACCUGAAUAAAAUGCUGCUUAAAAUAGAA